AUGGGAGAGGGAAUGAGAACAACUUUGGUGACGGUCGGGGUCGGCGGUGCGUUAGCCUAUGGCUGUUACAACCGCGAAUUCCGAAACGAAGUUGAAUCGAAAGCACCCUGGACAAAGUGUUGUUUCGAUAAAGCCGAGCAAUUUUUGAGUUACCCCAAACGAAAAUCAAGUGAGUCGAAAGUAACUGAAAAGAAUCUGACUAAAGAAAGUUUCAAACCGGAUUUUGUUGCACUAAAAAAUAAAGAGUUGGAAGAUGCAUUAAUAUGUGCUAUAGAGAGUGCAGAAAGUAAGGUGCGUCGUGCGAAAGAAUCGAAGCUGAAAACAAUCGCAAUGACUCGAGAACACGCUGCACUUCUGAAGAAGGCGGUUGACGAUCGACAGAAUGGAGAUUGGUUAUCGGUAGAAGAAUCACUCAAGAAGGCGGAUUCACUCGCUAAGUAUGACCGCACCGAUGAAGUUGAUGCUCGUAACGCGCUUGACGCUUUGAAGAAGUUAGCGUAUGAUGGUAAAAUUUGUGUGUAUACGAAUGAUAAUAAACUGAUCGUGUUGGCGAUGGAAACAGCCAAGAAACUGAACAAGCAAAUCGACGAGAUGAAUUUAUUGGCUGAAUCGGCACGAGCCAGAAGUGCGGUUAUGACUCAGUAUCGCGUUUUGGUCGAGAAAAGUCGAAAGCAGUUCGCAGAUCAAUUGCAUAAAAUAUCACCACAUAUCGAUGCUCAAGAUGAUAAAAUGACGAAUGAAGAAGCACAAGAGGUGAUUGCAUUAACACGUGCCGAAGUUGAUGCUUUAUACAGACAACUGAUCGAGAAGCAACUCGAGUCUGAGCAAAAACUUGCGAGCGCUAUCGACGAUCAACGAAAAGCACUUUCGAAAAUCGCAAAACAAGAUUUGGAAAGUGAACAAGAGCGAGUUCGCCGCACGAAUGCAAGCAAACUCAGUCCUGAUAUAAUGGCGAGUCGUGAAGCAUGGCAAAAAGAGUUACAAGAGCGAUUAACUCGAGCUGCGCUAGCACAUGAGCAACAUAUGCAACAAAUCGAUGAAGCAGUUCACAGAGAACGUCGUCGACACGCCAGACAGAUUGGUCGAUCGCAAAGUAAACUCGAUGCCAUGGAAUUGGCACUUGCCAAUAGAUCUGAUAUGGAUUCCUUAAAUCGAAGGUUAAGAUAUUGUUGGUUAGCAUGUCAGAAUUUAGUGAAUUCAAUUGUUUAUGGCCGACAGAAUGAGGAUAGCGUUGAACGGAGGCGAUUUCCUUUAGCGGCACAAUUAGGCAUCAUUCAAGAAGCCUACGGUAAAGCGGGAUUUAUCAAAUUAUUAAUCUCACUUUUUCCAAAUAAUUGCAUCUUUCAAGGAGCUUAUACACAUGAUGAUCUGAAGCAGCGGUUUAAAAAGGUUGAAAAUGUUAUUCGAUCUGUAGCAUACGUUCACGAGCAGAGAGAUGGACCAUUCAUGUAUGGUCUAUCCUAUUUGAGAAGUAAACUUCGUAUUGAACCUCACAACAAAUUUUCAUCCUUCGACAAGAUUGAUCUGAGCACAAUAGAUAUCAAUGAAAUAAUGGAUCGAGCGAAAUAUUUUGUACAACGAAAUGAUUUAAAGUCAGCCAUACGCUUACUACAGCUACUGAAGGGUUUAGCUGCAAGUUUGGCUCGAGACUGGAUCAGAGAUGCACGAGAACAUCUUGAAGCUAAGAUGCUGGCCGAUGCUAUCGUUGCACAUUCUACUGUUAACGGAAUACGAACCACUUACUAG